GUGCGUAAAUUAAGAAUCUCUAAAAACAGUGUAAUUGUCAAAAGACUUGAAAAGACCAGAGAAGUGGAUCCACAACCUGAUCUAAGAAACCAGCGCGAAGAGAGAGACAGAAAUGAGAGAGAGGGAAAGAAGAAGCAACAAAGAGAAGAGAUGACUAAACGAAAGGAAGAAGAACGGCGGCGCAAAGAGGAGGCAGAAAUGAAGAGCUACUCAACCCUCAUGAAAUCAGAAAAUAUGAAAAGCAAUCAAGGUGGAGAUGGCAGCGACUCAGAUGAUUUUAUGUGAUCCGUAGUACUGUCUACAUUUGUUAAUAACUUAUACAAUAAAUCAUUUUCAUGUUA